GAUAGACGCGCGAAGCACGUGGAGUGAAGCAGCGUGAGCGAAGAGAAGAGCGAUCCACAUUGGCACAUUCCACAACACAAGCGAAUAAAAACAAAGAGUAGGGACCAAUGGUUUGGCAAUUGGCAUCCCCCACAACACAACAUAAUUAAGCCCACAGCCACACCCAGAGUAGGGAGCCCAAAGUAAAGAAGGUUUAGAAAGAAAGAGCGAUAUUCUCUCUCAUAAUUCACACUCCCAAUGGACUCUCUCUCUCUCUUGUGCACAGGAGCCCUGAUCGCCGGCGGGCUGUACUGGUUCGUGUGCGUGCUGGGGCCGGCGGAGCAGAAGGGGAAAAGAGCGACGGAUCUGUCGGGGGGGUCAAUAUCGGCGGAGAAAGUGAGGGAAAACUACAAGGAUUACUGGUCGUUCUUCCGGCGGCCGAAGGAGAUCGAAACGGCAGAUAAAGUGCCAGACUUUGUGGACACAUUCUACAAUUUGGUGACGGACAUAUACGAGUGGGGGUGGGGGCAGUCCUUCCACUUCUCGCCCUCCAUCCCAGGGAAGUCACACGGAGAGGCCACGCGCCUGCACGAGGAGAUGGCGGUGGAUCUAAUCGAGGCGAGGGCCGGGGACAGGAUCCUGGACGUGGGCUGCGGCGUGGGGGGGCCCAUGCGAGCCAUCGCGGCCCACUCGCGGGCGAACGUGGUGGGCAUCACAAUCAACGAGUACCAGGUGAAGCGGGCCAGGCUGCACAACAAGAAGGCCGGGCUGGACUCCCUCUGCGAGGUGGUGUGCGGGAAUUUCCUCCAGAUGCCCUUCCCCGACAGCACCUUCGACGGCGCCUACUCCAUCGAGGCCACGUGUCACGCGCCCAAGCUCGAGGAAGUCUACGCCGAAAUCUUUAGGGUUCUGAAGCCCGGCGCGCUCUACGUUUCCUACGAGUGGGUCACCACGGACAAGUUCCGCGCCGAGGACCCCGAACACGUCGAGGUCAUUCAGGGGAUUGAGAGGGGCGACGCGCUUCCCGGCCUCAGGAGCUACGCCGACAUAGCCGCCGCCGCGCGUAAGGUUGGCUUCGUGGUGGUGAAGGAGCGGGAUCUGGCUAAGCCCCCGGCCCAGCCCUGGUGGAGCCGAUUGAAGAUGGGCAGGAUCGCCUACUGGCGGAACCACAUUGUCGUAACUGUUCUCGCCGCAUUGGGAAUCGCGCCCAAGGGUACCGUCGAUGUCCACGAUAUGCUUUUCAAGACCGCUGACUAUUUGACCAGAGGCGGUGACUCUGGCAUUUUCUCUCCGAUGCACAUGAUCCUCUGCAGAAAGCCCCAUCCCAAAGAAGAGGCCCAAGCCUGAUUUCGGCCCAAACUUUGUUUCCUUCCUCCCUUCCGGUACCCCCCCCCCCCUUUUUUUUUCUUUUCUUUAUAAUUAUCUUGGGUUUAACUUAUUAUUAUUAUUACUAUGAACUUGCUGUAAUUUGGAUUUUGAUCUUUUUAAUUUAGUUUUAAUUUUGCAAUGGGAUGGAUGGAUGUCUCCUGGUAUUUUUAUUUUUUUUUUGGCUUUAAUGGAAGUUAUUUAGCAUAGAAUGAGGUUUCGAUUUGAAUUAAUUGCGUGGUCUUUGUUGUUGUGGUGAUCAACUUAUGGUUUAUGAAAUGGAGAUGGAAAGUACAAGUACUUGCUUUAAUUUCCGCGAA